AUGACUGUAUUACCACGAGAGCUCCUAUUAGCAGCGAGAAACGGCGACACAAGCGCCUUGGACGACUUGACUUCGCUCAUCUCUCAACAAAACUACAACUUGACUCUCCUAGACGCAAUACUCCACCACCUCCAAAAACCACCCAAGAUCCAACUUUCCUCACGGGUGAUCGACUACAGCAAGAUAGCCGCCGUCCUGGACCUCUGCAUCACUGCGCUCUCCUGUCUCGGAGUAGCCGUGCUACACUGCGAUCGCACUCUGACCUAUAAAACGGCCACCGUGUCCAAGGUCUCUGGGCAGCUGUACAGCAUCCUCGAGUGUAUCCAUGCGAGCGUCCUAUAUGCGUUGUUCCGCCAUACGAACGGUCCAGAGUGGAGGUCGGUGAUCUUGCGGCUCGCUUCGACGCUUGCCAACGUUAUGGACCUUGAUCCGAGUUUGAAGUCGCCCAUUCUAUCCUCCGAAACGGCGAUGAAAAUUGGCUUUACUCUCUGGACGCACACCGCCUCCGACCUUCAGCCCUACGCCGACCCGUACCUUCCCAAUGGCUGUCCCGUGUUUCGAAUUCUGAGAAGCUUCAGGAGGCACCCAGUCGGGUCGAUCAUCCUCCACGACCACGUCCUAUCGUCGCAGGAUAAUACCAGAAACUACGCUCUCGCGUUCUCUAACCGCGUCACUCAUCUCUCGUCCGUGUUUACCGAUGCGGCUGGACCCAGAGGUAGCACCACCGCCAUGAGGAUCGCGCUAGACUACCUGUCUGACAUCGAAGACCUCGGAAUGGACCUCAGCCGCGAUCCCAAUAUCCAGGCUUGGUUGACGAAAAUGGACAUCCUGAAGGUCUGGAUGGAAUUCUUGGCCCAGUUCGCCCACCGACUAGGAGUCGACCAUUCCCUGAUAGUCGUUCAACACAUGUUCACCGCCUACGCUGUGGGACCGUUCUCAAACCCUGUCAAAGCUGUCGCAGAGCUAUCGUCCCUGGGACUUCCAGGCGUCGUGGCGGGCUUACUUACUUCUGGAACACCAACCCGUCGAGAUGAUCAACGUGUCGCCGAGAUGAUGCUCGAGUAUUGGAGGGGGUACCUGUAUUAUCCGCGCACGCUGGGUGCACUUGUCGACGAAUUCGCUCAGAUGCCUCCGAAGGUACUUGCCAAAGUAUCACAACUCCGUCCUGCUGUCCAAGGGUGGAAGCCAUUCCUUCAAGAACUCGGUGAUCAAGAGGACACACUGACACACUGCACCCUCGAUCCUCUUCGCAUUUGCGAUAACCUCAACCACACCACCCCAACGCGACGCUUCUCCAUUUCGAAGACCUGCGCUGAUUGUCAGACUGUCGUUUAUUGCAGUCCUGAAUGCCAGCGUCAGGAUUGGAAGUCGCGACAUCGCACAGAGUGCAAAAUAAUGCGCCACAGCCGUGCAGUCCUUCGAACGAGAAACCUCAGUUACACCGCCCAAACGCGCGCGUUCCAGCUUCAAACCCUUUUAUCCGCGUUCCACGGGAUCCAAAUGGGCAUGGAGGACAGAAACAACAACGCACAACGGGGCCACCGCUGCCGCCACGCCUCACUACUCCACCAACCCCAUUUCGUGUUCCUCAACCUCUGCACUUUUAAUGGCGACAACUUUGACUGGGACGUCAUCCCUAUUGAAGAUUACCCUCAACUCCGCCGAGAGAUGGGCUGCCACCCUGUCUGUCCUGCGAUGGAGUCGAGGAUGGACACGAUCGUUCAGAAUUUUGGAGCUCGGCGGGAUACGGAAACUAGAUUGAUGUUGGCGAUUUUUGCUUGGAAUAUGUGGUUUAGGGUGACGAUGGUUGUCGAGUUUGCGCCGAAGGAUGGAAAGGAUGGGUGGAUUCCCCUGCGUAAUGCCAUUCAGAUUGAGUGA